AGAUGCACCCAAGAGAGAUUACAUUUUCAUGUUUAAAUGAUUUCUUAGAUCUAGGACAGUCUUCCUAGAUAUGAAGAGAGAACUAAUUCUUAGAAAGAAAACUAGUAAUAUUUCUCCUGAUAUAUGCAAUCAAUCUUUAACUACAAUAGGACUCCUAAAAGGCUCUACUUUUAGACACAGCGUUGUGAUAAAAAGAACAGGCCUCAGAGCUAGACUGCCUGGAUUAAAAUACUAGUUCUGCCACUUAACUAGGGUGUGCCCUUGAACAGGCUACUCAGCUUAGUUUCCUCAUCUGGCAAGUGAAGGUGAUUAAAUUCCUCACUUCAUCGGUUUGUGAUAACUAUUUCUGGGAAUACAUGGGAAGUGUUUUGAAUAGAAUAGGCACACAGUCCGUUGUUGGCUCAGUGACGAUUAUUUCAGAAGAUGAUUUUGCUUCCUACUUAAAAUAAAAACAAGCAACAGGUAUGAAUGCUUUUUAACUUUGUGCCCCAUUAACCAUAAACUUGCGGACAGUCCUCACCUAUAGGUAAUCAAAUCUUUUUCCUUUCUCAGAGGACAGAAAUGGAUUUGUGCACAGUGUUGAGGCUAUCUGAGAUUUGAUAGCUGGAGCACUUUGCUCACUGGUUUCAUUUUUGUCAUGUUCAGAACCUUAGCUCUAACACUGGAGAAGGAUUAAUGUAGGAUUUAGAGCCUUGUGUAGGGCAGGAUGGAGAGAAGAAUAAAAAGAGAUUGUUGAGCUAAUGUACAGCGGCUAGGUGAGUUAGGGAAGAAAAGGAUGUUAGAAAAAAGGGAAGAAUCAAGAGAAGAAUCAUAAUAAGGCUCAGGAACAGGCUUUUUGUGUAAAACGUUGAGAGCAUUACAGAUUAUGUUGCUUGGAUACCUAACCUAUUUUCAAUGUUGGGGAAACAGGAUCAUGACUUGGAUUGGUUGCGAUAAUUAUUUUUUUUUCUAAGAACUCUUUCACCUGUAAAAUGUCCAUAUUUUUUUUAUAUUCCUUUCGCCCUAAAGCCCCCAAGUAAAAAUAAUUAUAAGAAUUUUGAAGGAAUUUAGGAACUGAAUUUAGAAAAUACAUUCCCCCUUUUAAAGUGUAUAUUUGACAUCUGGUGAUUAACCUUAAAUAGGGAAAACCAUCACAAUUGUAGCAAUUUGUUUUUUCUUUUUCAUAUUUUCUUCCUUAGAACAUUCAUUCUUUUAAAUAGUUAUGUAAUAAUUUAGGGAAAAGGGGUAGAAUUAUUAAAAGAUGGAUGUGAAGUAGCUGAUGGGCAUCUUAGAAUUCUUACGUAAGAGGUAUUUGUAUUGUGUUUUUAUACAAGUUAGCCAGGAUUAAUGAGCAUAACAUUUGCUUAAUUUAUAAAUUAAUUUGGACACUUUUUACACUUCAUUAUCCAUUCUGCGUAAAUUUUUUGAUGAGUUAGUUUGCUUAAGGCAACACUAAGCUUUCUCAUUCAUGUAGAACCUAUUUAGCCCUUUUGGUUUAUCUCAUGGGCAGAGCAUAAAGUGCUUGACAAAAUUUGAUCUGACAGCUUUACAGUUAUGUAACAUAGAACAGAAGCUUAACAACAAAAAAGAGGGAGAAGUGAGUGAUUUAUCAUAGCAACCUAUAUCUCUGUCUAGAGCUUUACCACUUUUCUCUUGCCUCUAAACUGUAGCAGAACCGCCAUACGGCUAGUAAUUUAAAGUCUUAACCAGUAUUUUUUCUAAAUAAUUACAAACAUUUAGAGGUGAAAAGGUCCUUAGGAUUAUCCUGUCCAGUUGCAUCACAUUACUAAUGAGAAUACAGAAGCCUGAAGAGGAGGAUGGCAUUCCCUGUGGAUAUGCUGGAUAAUUGCAGUCAUGAAGAAUUGGAAAAUUCUGCUGAAGAUUACAUGUCAGAUCUAAGGUGUGGCGACCCUGAAAACCCUGAACGUUUUUCUCUUCUCAAUAUCACGAUUCCUAUUAGCCUGUCCAAUGUAGGCUUUGUACCUCUUUAUGGUGGAGAUCAGACUGAGAAAAUUCUUGCUCUCUUCGCACCUGAGGACUCACUCACAGCUGUGGCACUUUACCUUGCUGAUCAGUGGUGGGCUAUUGAUGAUAUUGUGAAAACAUCUGUCCCUUCUAGAGAAGGGCUUAAGCAGGUGAGAACUCUUGGGGAGAGAGUGGUACUGUAUGUUCUGAAUCGAAUUAUUUAUAGAAAACAGGAAAUGGAGAGAAAUGAGAUACCAUUCCUGUGCCAUAGCAGUACUGAUUACGCUAAGAUUCUGUGGAAGAAAGGAGAGGCCAUUGGGUUUUAUUCAGUUAAGCCUACAGGAAGUGUAUGUGCCUCAUUUCUUACCCAAAGCUACCAACUGCCAGUCCUUGAUACAAUGUUUGUAAGAAAGAAGUAUCGAGGCAAAGAUUUUGGGCUUCAAAUGCUGGAGGACUUUGUUGAUUCCUUUACAGAAGAUGCACUUGGCUUGCGGUAUCCACUCUCCUCUCUAAUGUACACAGCUUGCAAGCAGUACUUUGAAAAGUAUCCAGGAGAUCAUGAACUCCUCUGGGAAGUUGAAGGUGUUGGACACUGGUACCAGCGAAUACCAGUCACCAGAGCAUUACAGAGAGAAACGCUUAAAAUUACUGCAGUUUCUCAAAAUGAAGCCAAAAGACCCAUGUCUGGAGAAUAUGGUCUUGCAUCUGUUCCAGAAUAUGAAGCAGAAACUGAAGACAAUCAGUCUAGUGAGAUGCAGCUAACUAUUGACUCUCUAAAAGAUGCCUUUGCAAGUACUUCUGAAGGUCAUGAUAAAACACCGGUUUCCACUCGUACUCGAAGUAGUCAUCUAAAGCGGCCAAAGAUUGGAAAACGAUUUCAGGAUUCUGAAUUUAGUAGUUCGCAAGGGGAAGAUGAAAAGACUCCCCAGACUUCACCUACAGCUUCAAUAAACAAAUUGGAGUCUACUGUACGUACAUCAGAGAGCUCAGAAGAAUUCCUGGAAGAAGAACCCGAACAAAGUGUGAUUGAAUUUGAGGACGAAAGUAGUGAUAAGGAUGCUCGGCCUGCACCAGAAACCCAGGCACGUCUGGAAAAGCAAGAUGGUGAAAAGGAAUCUGAAUUAGAGCCUCUGAAUGGUGAGAUAAUGGAUGAUACUCUGAAGGCCUCACUUACAACUGAAGAGGAGGACUCCGCUAGUGAAGUUUUAGAUGAAGAAACAAAAUUGCAGUCUUUUAAUUCCAGUGAAGACUCGGCAACUCUUGUUCCAGUGGUGGCAGAAUCUUCAAAACCUCCUGAGACUGUUGCACAGGAUAAGACCUCACAUAUAACUGACUCAGAAAUGUUGCUAGACGAAGGCCCAUCUGAUGAAAAAGGGCACACUGAAGAGAAACUACCACUAGUUUCCAGAAAGAAAGCCCAUUUUGGGAGUUCAGACAAUGUUGGUACUGUCCCAAAUGAAGAACGAUCUGACAGUGGUUUUCCAAACUCUGUGAUAGCUGAAUUUUCUGAGGAGUCCAUCUCUGAAAAUUUAUCGCCCAAUACUACUUCUUCAUUGGAAGACCAAGGUGAGGAGGGGGUACCUGAGCCCCAAGAAACAUCUACAGCUCUUCCCCAGAGUUCUUUGAUAGAGGUUGAACUUGAAGAUGUGCCAUUUGCACAGAACGCGGGACAGAAGAACCAGUCAGAGGAACAGUCUGAAGCAUCUUCGGAGCAACUGGAUCAGUUUACACAGUCAGCAGAGAAAACUGUGGAUAGCAGCUCAGAGGAGAUAGAAGUGGAGGUGCCUGUGGUCGACAGGCGGAAUUUAAGAAGGAAGGCCAAAGGGCAUAAAGGACCUGCUAAGAAGAAAGCGAAGCUGACAUGAGUCAAGAAGAAAUGCAGAUGCUAGAACCCUCUUCUUUGUAACAUAAUUGUUGUUUUUAAAAUAUGGUAAUAAAUGGCAUGGGGCACAGGGCAAAAAUUCUAAAAUUUUACUUUGAACUUAUUUAUGAUGCCAGUUUUCCCUCCCCGUUAGGACCUAGGAUUCACCAUUCUUUUUAAUUUUUCAGGCUGUUUGGUGUAAGUACAAUUUUUUAUUUUUAUUAACCAUGUUUCGAUUUGGGGAAACCAGAUCAUACUAUAUUUUCUUUAACAAUUGGGACACCUGACCGUUAGUAUUUCAGAAAAUAUAAAUUAAACUGAAAGUAGUAGGCUUUCCGUUACUUGUAAGGAUCACAGAAAUCUUUUAUACUAUGGAUUUUAAUAGUAAACUUGGUGAAGGUUCCAGAAGUUUUAUCUUAAAAAAUCAAAACUAAUCAUUUUUUAAAAUGUAGGCAUGUCAAAACAAAAAUGUCAGUAUGUGAAAAUAUACUUCAACUAAAUGACAGCACAAAUACAGAAGUUUACGGUGAAGGGUUUAUGAAGGUGGUAUUUUGGCCUCCUGAUUCGUAGCUGUGUUUCCUCCUUUGACUUGUGUCUGAGGAAAGGUACAAAAUCUGUUUCCAGUUCCAUCUUUACAACAUCUUACACUAACAAUACUGCUAGGGACUUAACUUCGGCAUGUCGGCACUCAUGAUUAUAUACGUUUCAUUUGAAGCUGGGGACUAUACUUUUGUCCUCAUCCAAUUAACAUGUAUACUUCAGAAGUGUGAGAACCCUUCCUAAGGCUUCUCCUUGAUUCUGCCACUGCCUUUACUCUAGAGUUGUAUAUUCUCCCCAGCUUUUGUCCACUUCCGUAACUCAAGAGAGUGAUUCCUACCAAAAGGUCUGCCUGCCUGUCUGCCAGCUUAUAUCCUUGGCAUCCACACCUGGGUAGAUUUGGACCAUGCCCCCACCACCUUCGAUCCAGAUGACAAGAAUAAAUCUGCCUAGGGAGCUACAGUUAAGAGCUUAUAUCAAAUCGGAGGCUUUGGGUGUUGCUCUGGUCUUGCUCACUCUUACUUUGUUCUUGACAGGUUACAAGCUAGUCUGUAUAUAUACAUUGUUACUGUAGCAAAGGCUUUUGCCUAGGAAAAUU